AUGACAAAGUUGACGCCAUCGUUGGAGGAUCUCGUUUGGGCAGGCCCUCGCAUGGUUAUGAGAUUGGGCCGGCUGGGCUCUUUCAUCUCCUUUCCAGAUGCCAUUGACGCCUUUGGUCAGCGAAUCGUGCCCGAUGCAACGAACAGCGACCUAUUUUCCACCUCGACAAUAAUGGCGGCUGACCUUGUCGAAACCCUUACCGAAACUACAUUGACCGCUGCGUCUUCUGCGCCCAGCUUGGCUGCUGCCGCCGUCGCCGAUGCGGUGGCCCAGAAUCCGAACGCUUUCAUCUCGCGGUUCUCGAUGGAAGGCGCAAAAGGCUUGGGGGGUGUAUUCAGCUACGCCACCAGCAAGUGGGCGCUCUGCUGCAUUGCCAUGGCCGUUAUUUUCAACCGCACCCACAUAUUCGCUGCUACUCGCCGUAGGCUUCGGCUUCGAUGGCACGUCCGCCUAUUCAUGCGCAUCGCCCCUGUGAUACUUCUUCUCCUCCAGGCCCGGUGGCUUCUACAGUCAAUACAAUGCCAGACCUCGCCCGACUUCUCCGAGCUGCGCUGGGGAAAUGCGACCAAGAGUUCUGACCUGAUGUUCGCACAACCGAACCACUUUCUCAACCGGCUCGGGUCGACUUUACUGUUCGGGGCCUCCGACGAGGAAUCAUGCCGCUCGGUGAAGAUGAUCCCCUGGGAUGAUCGAGAGCAGCCCGAGCUAGUGGGCUCUCUCUCCCGGCUUUGGCCGCUAUUUGGGACAUAUUGUUUGAGCCAGUUUAUGGAAGUACUCUCUUGUGCAGUGCAAGGCCGCCCGGUAGCUGCUGAAACGGGCAUGACGUUGUUCGAGCACUCCCUAGCGUUUGCCGAGGCUGAUGCUGCUAUUGGCAACCAGCUAGGGUGGAGUCUCUUUACCAACGGCACCGCCACCUCGCAAGCAGCACUCGGAACCAAGAUCGCGCUCACGAGGUCCAUGAUUUUGAAGCGAGUCAACACGCCUGCCGAGGUACUUCUGGUGGCCUUCUUCUCCGCCAUGAGCCAUGCCACGAGCCACAUUCUCGGCAUAUUUAACCUACAGGCCAAGGUCCGCCUCGUCAGCACGGGGUUCUGGGGUUUUUGCUUCAUGUCGAGUCUCCUCUGGAGCGCUUUCAACUUCUCGGUCGACGAUCCUUCGGCCCAAGGGUUACUGAGGUUUCCGACCGUGUGCAUCAUUGGCUUCAUCCCCCAUAUCCUCAUCCUGUUCGGGAUCUACGCCUGCGGAGUCGUCUACGUCUCAGCCCUGGCGCUCUCAGCCGUUGCUACACCCGAGGGCGACCAUAAUGGAGAACGGCUCUCCCUCCGGCAACGCCUUCAGCGUGCCCAUGCCAACAUGCAAGCGAAUGUAUCUCUUUCCGACAUUCGUAUCCGGACGGAUAUGGAUUUCUACACUGCCCUUUUGCGAGCAGGCUUCGGUGCCAUCACCAUGGCGAGCGAGGCCGUCUACCUCAACGAAGACCAUCAAGUGAAUUUGAAGAGAUACACCUGGCUAGAAGACGACAGGUUCCGCGAGCUGGAAGAGCUUAGGAUGCAGUGGAUCGGUGGUGGCAUUCCCGGAUCACGAUUCGAUUCGGUCGGCACCAUUGGCCUUGUGCCGGUCAAGGACGGACAGACGCAUGCCAUGAGCGGCUACGCGAGGGAGAAGGCAGCGCAGCAAAUCCCGAAAAAUAACACAGCCGCCGGCAGGAGGGUCCGGGACGGCGUGGGCGCCACGGAACGCAGUUCGAGGUGGCUUAUUGCGUUUGAGUACAUGAUACAUAUCGGCAAACUAGUGUUUGUCAUGUGGGCGUUGGUCACGGUCAAAACCAUGGCAGUGUUCGGUUUACGAACGCCUCCACGGUGGCUCCAGGGUCUAUCACAACGAUCCAAACCCGAGUCGUCAUCCAAAAAGUCCGGCCGACGUGGUCGCGGGCUGAACGUCGACGUCUUAUCCCCCGGUGAAGGGAGGGUCUUCUUUGUGGUUCCGCGGGCCGAUUGGGUGGACGUGGAGGCGGAACUACGCCGCCAAAUGGACAACACUGAUGGAGAAGUUGAAGCCAGCCAUGGCAACCCUCCUGCCAACGAAACAGAAGUCGACUCCAAACUUUACAGCUAUUUCCUCCGGGGGGGUUGGUGGGGAAACAACGACUCAAGCGGUGACUACGCCCCUCCCACCCCUCAAACUCCAGACGCCACCAACCUUGACGAACAGGAUUUCGAUGACACCACUAGUGUCAUCUCGACAACCGAAACCGCGAGUGAACUCGACUGGGAGUCUGACAAUGAGCCCCUCGACGACGGGCAGCGAACCCCAACCCAACAAAACCCCGCCCCCUUUUCUUUUGCUUCAGCAGUGGCAUCUGCCCGCGCUUCGCGCGAAUCCACCCCACUCCUUGAUACCCCCAUCGCAACCACCGACCUUGCCCGGCUACUGAACCCGCAAAGCCCCGAAGACCGCGACGAAGCUGUUGCGCUCGCCGCGCACUUGACCAGCGACGGCAUCAUGACGCGCUCGCGGUUCAAGCAGCAGCUGCAGCGCCAGCGCGCCCAGGUGCUCCUCACCAACAACCAAGCCGCCAUCCACACCCGCCGGCAAUUCGCCGCCCCGACCCAAGAGAAGAUGACGCCCGAAGAAGAAGCCCGCGUGCUCGAGCAGCUCCUCCUCUCCCGGCGCGCCGCCGCCAAACAACACAGCUCCGUUGCUUCGCCACCACCACCGCCCGGCACAACAACCGCAGGCGGCGACGCCAACUCGUCCUGGGCGACGGGCGCCGCCGGGCUGGGCCCUGACGGGCCGCAGUGCGUGGUGUGCCAGAGCGCGCCGCGCACCAUCAUCGUGUGGCCGUGUCGGUGCCUGAGCCUGUGCGACGACUGCCGCGUGUCGCUGGCUAUGAACAACUUCGACAAGUGCGUCUGUUGCCGGCGUGAGGUUAUUAGUUUUAGUCGCAUCUAUGUACCUUAG